UGGGGACCUUCAUGGGACGGGUCCAUCAGAACCAGAACCAUCAGACUGACUGGUUCUGUUGGAUCCAGAGACUGGUUCUCCUCCCAGCCACAUAGAACACCUGGAUGGUGGUUCUGCAGACGGACCGGACCCACCUGAGCGUCGGGACCGGUCAGAACCGAACCAACCUUUACUACGCAGUGACGUUGGAACGAAAAAACAUGGCGGCCGUGCUGAAGGCGGAAGGUAAAGGUGGCCGUCUGUAGUGUGAGACCCAUCCUUCAUGGACUCGUCACCAUGAGCAACGGGGAGAUGGUUUCCACGGAGACAGAGAAUAAAGGACAGAGGAAAGUGUUUCUCCCCAACAAGCUGCUGGAGUGUCUCCCUCAUUCCUCCUGUCUACCUAACGAGCGUCUCAGGUGGAACACUAACGAGGAGAUCACCUCCUACCUGAUAUCUUUUGAGAGACAUGAUGAGUGGCUCUCCUGCACCUUGAAGACCAGGCCCAAGAAUGGCAGUGUCAUCCUGUACAACAGAAAGAAGGUGAAGUACAGGAAGGACGGGUACUGCUGGAAGAAAAGGAAGGAUGGAAAAACCACAAGAGAGGACCACAUGAAGCUGAAGGUCCAGGGCAUGGAGUGCCUCUACGGUUGCUACGUCCAUUCCUCCAUUGUGCCAACAUUCCACAGACGAUGCUACUGGCUGCUGCAGAAUCCAGACAUCGUUCUGGUCCACUACCUGAAUGUACCAUCACUGGAGGAUUCUGGGAAAUGCAGUCCACUUUUAUGUACUGUGUCCGACCGCCAUGACAGUGCCAGGUGGAACCGAGAUGACCUGCUGAGCCAGCUGAAGCCCAUGUUCCACAGUGUCAAGUGCUCUCUGGGUUCUGGAGACUUCAGCAUCGAGGAGCUGGUUCAGCACCUGCUGGAUCGACAGAGAACCAAACCUCAGCCCCGCACACACACCUGUCUCUGUAACACCAACCAGGUGUCCUCUGGAGCAAACAUUCCUCACCGCUGCAACAGCACCAAGCACCGGAUAAUCUCCCCCAAGCUCCCGCCAUCCUGUGGCAGGCUCGCCCCCUCCCCCCUCUCUUCUGAGCUGGGGGAGGCAGGCCAGGGGGCGGGGGAGCCCAAACUGCCUCACCUGCAGGCUCAGAGCAGCCCCGUCUCAUCCCCCAGUCCCUCGUCCACCUCCGCCUCGUCCCCCACCAUCAGCAUGGGUAACCAUGGUAACGGCUUCUACAGCGACCACCACAGUAGCAUGGCUGCGGUGGCUCUGCCUCAGAACGCUGUCAUCGUCAUGGCAACGACCACUGCCCUCCCAGGAGGAGGAGGGGGGCAGGUGUGCGGGGUCAGGGCUGAGGAGGCGGGGCAGAGGACGAGCUUUGGUCCACUGCUGCUUUCCCCCGCCCUCACUCCUGUUGGAAAGCCUGCCUCCCCCUCCCCUCCAGCCUCCUCACCCGCCCCCCCAUCCCUUCCCUCGCCCGCUGUGCAAACCACCCUCUCCCUCACCCUCCUUCCUUCGCCUGUCAUCAGUGGCCUCCUCCUCACCCCAUCCUCCUCCAACACCUCCCCUCCUACAGCAGCCUCCCUUUGCUCUCCCUCCUCCUCCCUUUCAUCAUCCUCACUCCCCCCGUUCAUCACCCCAGCCUUUGACCCGGACUCCUUCCUUAACUCUCCCACACAGGGGCAGACUUACGGUGGCCCUCUCCCCAGCUCCUCCCCCAUUAAGGUCAGCACCACCACCCCCUUUUCUCACCCCACCCUCUCACUUUCCCUCUCUCCCACCACAUCUACUCCUCCAUCCUCUGUGUCUCCCCCUUCCUCCCUCUCCUCUCUCUCCACCUCCCCUUCCUCCUCUGUCUCCCCUCCUUCGUCUUCCCUCCCGCCCUCCCUUGCCCUUACCCUCUCUCCCACCUCCUCUGUGGCCCCGCCCAUUCUCCCCCUCUGCCUCGAGCUGGGUGAGGAGGUGAGGGAGGAGGCUGGGGUUGAUGACGAGGAGGUGAAGGAUCAGUCUGAGGAUGAAGGUAGAGCUCCGCCCACCAAGCUGGCACUGCUGCAGACAAACCACACCCCCUCCAGCUCAUCUCCACGGCGACAGACGGAUUCUAGCUCCGCCUCCCUGCUCUUGGUUUGUCAAGACACACCGAGCCCGACCCCUCCGUCCACCAAUCAGAAGGAGGGACAGCCUGAUGGGCAGCAGAUACUGGUCCUCGCUCAAACCAAUCACAUGUCUACAUCUGAAGCUCCGCCCCCAGCUGGGAUAUCCCAUCAGCCCCUAGACCUGCAGCUGUUGUCAGUUCCAGCUAAUUCCAAGGAUGAUGUGGUGUCCGUCACCCCCUCUCCUCCUACAGCUGUUGCCAUGGAUACCACUUCCCUAACAACGGCCCCAGUCCAGGUGAAGGAGGAGAGGAGGCGGAGCCACAACUCAGAUGAUGCAUGCAUGGACACACACUCAGCUGAGGAGGCGGAGCCUGCUGAGCGUGGAGGGGAGGAGCUUGAUAUCUCGUUCGACAGCCAGUUUCCUGACCUCAUCUCUGACCUCAUCACCGAGGAGCCAAGUCCCGCCGCCGCUCCGCCUCCAGUAGCGAGCCCGGCCGUGUUCCCAACGGGGGUUCGAUACGUGGUGCCUCCACAGCCCUCACCCUCCUCCUCCUUCCUCCCUUUCCCUCACCCUCUGCCCACCUCGUCCUCAACACGCCUCGCCUCCAUCACGGACUUCUCUCCAGAGUGGUCGUACCCAGAGGGGGGGGUGAAGGUUCUGAUCACCGGCCCGUGGAGCGAGCCUUCAGCUCAAUACUCAUGUGUGUUUGACCAGAAUGUUGUCCCCGCAUCUCUGAUCCAGCCUGGAGUCCUACGCUGCUACUGUCCAGCCCACGAGGCCGGUCUGGUGUGUCUGCAGGUUCUGGAGUCCAGAGGUUCAGUUUCCUCAUCGGUUCUGUUUGAGUACAGAGCGAGGAACGCCAGCUCUCUGCCCAGCUCUCAGCUCGACUGGCUCUCAUUGGAUGAUAAUCAGUUCAGGAUGUCCAUCCUGGAGCGGCUGGAGCAGAUGGAGCGCAGGAUGGCAGAGAUGGCUGCACGCGACCACCACCACCCUCCUCCUCCUCAUCCUCCUCAGCAGCGCGGCAGCCAGCUGGCCACGCCCCCUCCUCCUCCCACUCCUGAAGACCACCAACAGUCCUCUCAGUGGUUUGAGAGGAGGAUAGUUGGGGUGUGUGAGAGGAUGAUGGGAGGAGCACGAUGGGGGCCAGGAGGAGGAGGGAGGCUUCAUCACUCAGCUCGCCACCGUGGGAUGACCCUGCUCCACCUGGCUGCUGCUCAGGGAUACACACACCUGAUACACACCCUCAUGCACUGGAGAAGUGUGAAUAGUGACAGUCUGGACCUGGAACAGGAAGUAGAUCCUCUAAACGUAGAUCACUUCUCCUGCACUCCUCUGAUGUGGGCGUGUGCUCUGGGCCACCAGAGGGCAGCAGAGCUCCUGUACGGCUGGAACAGUCUGGCUCUGGGGAUCCCCGACUCUCUGGGCCGCCUGCCGCUCGCCGUGGCCCGGUCCAGAGGACACACCCGCCUGGCUACGGUUCUGGAGGAGCUACACACACAACGUGCACUCAGGGUGGCUCGGGACACACACACCCCCCAGCCGCCUCCAUCCCCAGCGUCUGCCAGCCCGGAUACAGGUCUCAGCUCCUCCAGCAGCCUGCCCUCCCCCAGCGAUCCCUCCUCCCCCUCCCCAAGCUCCGCCUACUCUAGUGGCCCCACCCCAAUGGACACCUCCCCCUCUUCUCCUUCGUCUGUUUCUUCUUCCGUCUCGCUGCCCAUGUCCCCACCCUCCCCCUCCUCCUUCCCAUCAGUGUCUGUGUGGGAGGCGGAGCCAAACCCAGCCUUGAGUACAGGUCUGACCGCUGGUGGCUCCAGAGACCCCUCCCUCUACCUCAUGGACUUUGAGAACACGCUCACAUCAGGUGGGCGGAGACCUCACCCAGGUGCCACGCUGGAGGAGCACCUGCUGAGCUACAGUGAGAAUGCUGAGAACGAAGGAGAAGAGGAGUACCUGGAGGAGGAGGUGCUGCAGGUGGACAUGGCCGCUCUGGCUGAACAGAUCAUCGAGGCGACUCCAGAGCGAAUCAAACAGGAAGACUUCCCCAGGGGGGCGGAGUCUCCCCUCAGAGAAAGGCGGGACAACCCAGCCAUUCAGGACACCUGGUUGGCUGCCUACCUGGAGAUGGUCGACUGCCACACAGACCCCCCGCCCAGGCGGGUGUGCCCCCCCUCUCCUCUCAGUGCUCUGGCUCUCCAGAGGCUCCGCCCUCCCUCGUCUGCAGCGUGGGCGGAGUUUCUGAAUGCUUCAGCCAAUGGGAAGAUGGAGAGGGACUUUGCUCUUCUGACUCUGACUGACGGGGAGCAGAGGGAGCUGUAUGAGGCCGCCAGGAUCAUCCAGAACGCCUUCAGGAGGUACAAGGGCCGAAGGCUGAAGGAACAGCAGGAUGUUGCUGCAGCUGUCAUCCAGAGGUGCUACAGAAAGUACAAACAGCUAACAUGGAUAGCUCUGAAGUAUGCUCUCUACAAGAAGAUGACUCAGGCAGCCAUCUUGAUCCAGUCCAAGUUCCGGUCCUACUAUGAGCAGAAACGUUUCCAGCAGAGCCGGCGAGCAGCAGUCCUGAUCCAGCAGUACUACCGGAGCUACAAGGAAUAUGAGAGGCUGAAGCAGGCCCCGCGCAAUUCUGCCACCCACAACCCCAAGAUCAAGGGGUCGUUCCUGACAAAGAAACAGGACCAGGCUGCCAGGAAGAUCAUGAGGUUCCUGAGGCGCUGCAGACACCGGAUUAAAGAGUUGAAACAGACAAAAGAGCUGGAGAGGAGAGGACUCACCACGUAGAGGUCUCCUGGAGGACAAAUGGAACCAGAGGCACGAUGGACAGGGACGCCUUACCCCCCCCCCCCAUGUGUCCUGUCCAGGCUGAAUGUAGCUGUCUCCAGCUCGGAGCUCCGCCCCCAUCGAGUCCCAAAGGAGUUUCUCUGGACUUAAUUAUAUAAACAAUCGUAUGAAAACACAUAUAUAUUCUAUAUUCUGAGUUUCCUAGAUGUUCUAUUUAUUACAGCAUGAGCCGUGUGUGUGUGUGUGUGUGUGUGUGUGUGUGUGAGAGAGAGAGAGAAAGUAUUGGCAUUUUCACAUCUGGUCCAACCCGGUCCUGGUAGCAUCAGCCCUCCCCGCGUGGCCAGGUUGUGGUCACGGAUCAUGUGGGCGGGGCUACAGGUGUGCGGUGAGGUGGUAGACGAAGGCGGUUGAGAAGUGGCUCUGACAUGAAGCACACUGCAGACGCCUCAGUGAGAGUACCAGACCCCCCACGGCUGCCCCGGUCCUCGGCUCCAGGCCCUAACCCCAAUUUAAAACCCAAACCAUAAAACAGAUUUUCAGCACUGAUGAUCAGAGGAAGCACCUUCCAGAGCCUAGGGGCCGCUACAGAGGAGCCCCGUCACCUCUGAGCUAACGUCUCGCUCUAGCAGCAUCCCAUCAGCCCACCCCAGAGGGCAGGGGGGUGGAGAACCAGUAGCUCAGAGAGGUCAUCUGGAGCUGGGGUGAGCUGACCACGGUCAACCUCAGCGUCCUCCGACCAAACACCACAGCCUGUCUUUGUCAAGUCGGAGAACAUCCAUCAGCUAACCCCGACAAGACCAUCCGAGAGGCUGCUCCCUCUCUAGGUAGGCAGCAGAAGCUCCAGGGACCAGAAGGUUGUAGGUUCAACACUGCUGCUGUGUCCUUAAGCUAGACACUUAGCCCGCCUUACCUGUUGGUGGUGGUCGGAGGGCCCGGUGGUGCCCGUGCUCGACCAGCGUGUGAAUAACUGUUGUAAAGCACCUUGGGGGGUUGUAGAACCCAAGAAGGUGCCGUACAGACACAUUAACCAUAGGUUAGCUUCAGCGGGUGUGUUGGGUCGGCUCCAGGGCCGGGCCGGAUGUGAAUGAGACACCAGUGUGUGUGUGUGUGUGUGUGUGUGUGUGCGCUGCACUGACUGAAGUCUUACCCCCUCACCGCUCUGGUUUUGUUCUGAGUCUCGUCUGCUUUAGACUAAAGAUGCUACGUCUCCAUGGUGACCAUAGCACUUUCUGCCGGUCUUGUUUCCGUGGCGAUGGCAGCUUCUGGUCCCCCAACAUGAUCUUCUAUCUCCAUGACGACUGCUGUGGUCCUCGGGUUUGCUCAGUGACGUUUUUGCACGACUUUGUAUUUGAUUGUUCUGCAUCUGUAUGAAUAAAGAGCUGUUUACGACCCGU